AUGGGGCCUUCUUCUAAUCUUGAAUCGAGCGUGUUGGCUGGAGGGGUUAUUCUAGAUUGCAACCAAGAUUAUAGAGAGGUUGUGGAUGAAGAUACCAGUAAUAGGUCAAGUUCUGGGUCAGCCAUAUCCAGUUUGGCACAGUGGAGAUGCAGGUGA